AUGGUAAACAAAGAUGUUUUCGGUGGAAGUGAUGUUUUCGGUGUUUUCGGUGGAAGUGAUGUUUACGGUGGAAGUGAUGUUUACGGUGGAAGUGAUGUUUACGGUGGAAGUGAUGUUUACGGUGUUUACGGUGGAAGUGAUGUUUACGGUGGAAGUGGUGUUUACGGUGGAAGUGAUGUUUUCGGUGGAAGUGAUGUUUACGGUGGAAGUGAUGUUUACGGUGGAAGUGAUGUUUACGGUGGAAGUGAUGUUUUCGGUGGAAGUGAUGUUUUUGGUGGAAGUGAUGUUUUCGGUGUUUUCGGUGGAAGUGAUGUUUUCGGUGGAAGUGAUGUUUACGGUGGAAGUGAUGUUUUCAGUGGAAGUGAUGUUUUCGGUGUUUUCGGUGGAAGUGAUGUUUACGGUGGAAGUGAUGUUUUCGGUGUUUUCGGUGGAAGUGAUGUUUACGGUGGAAGUGAUGUUUUCGGUGUUUUCGGUGGAAGUGAUGUUUUCGGUGGAAGUGAUGUUUACGGUGGAAGUGAUGUUUUCGGUGUUUUCGGUGGAAGUGAUGUUUUAGCCUUGAAUAAUUAUAAAAUGUGCUAAAAAAAACAACUACCUUAGAUCACCGUUUUUUUUUUUGACGUCCUGUA